GUGUUGGCAUUUUAGAGAAAGAAGACGAAGGAUGAGCUCCGUCCUCCACUUGCGGGGAUUGUUCGUCUCUGGGGCUGCUUCGGCUUCCAGUGCGAGAGUUGCACGGUUUUCAUCUCCUGACAAGAAGAAAAACUACGUAUCCUCGGUUCUAAUGGAAGACCGCGAAGCCAAGCCUAUUGAUCUAGUGGGAGGAUUCUUGGCGAAGAAGCCCUAUAAUCCUCCUUCCUGGGUCUCCCAUCUCAAUCCUAUUCCUACUCACAUAUACUCUCUGGGACAUCUCCCUACUCCAAUUCACAAAUGGAACGUUCCUAAUCUACCUGACGAUACAGAAAUCUGGAUAAAGCGUGACGAUCUUUCAGGAAUGCAAUUGAGUGGCAACAAAGUUAGGAAGCUGGAAUUCUUAUUGUCAGAUGCAGUGGCUCAUGGUGCAGACUGUGUAAUUACGGUUGGAGGCAUUCAGAGCAACCACUGUCGUGCAACUGCAGUGGCUGCUAGAUAUCUGAAUAUAGACUGUUAUCUAAUUCUUCGAACCUCCAAGACUCUGGUGGACAAAGAUCCCGGUCUAACAGGCAAUCUACUUGUUGAGAGAUUAGUUGGAGCAAAAGUUGAACUUGUUUCAAAGGAAGAAUAUGCAAAUAUCGGCAGUGUGGCUCUCGCUGAUUUACUAAAAGAGCGAUUAAUAAGUGAAGGGAGAAAACCAUAUGUUAUUCCUGUUGGCGGAUCGAAUUCGCUAGGAAGUUGGGGCUAUAUUGAAGCAAUAAGGGAGAUAGAGCAGCAAACUAAGUGCAGUUUUGGAGUUUAUUUUGAUGAUAUUGCUGUGGCGUGCGGCAGUGGGGGUACUAUUGCUGGCCUUGCCCUUGGAUCUACAUUAAGCAAUUUGAAAGCUAAAGUUCAUGCAUUCUCUGUUUGUGAUGAUCCGGACUAUUUCUACAACUAUUGUCAAGGCCUUCUUGAUGGGCUUCAAGCUGGGGUUGAUAUGCAUGAUAUUGUCAACAUUCAAGAUCUGUUGAGAAAAGAAUCUUUUUACUUUUUUCAGGCAAAGGGCUUGGGUUAUGCCAUCAGUACCGCAGAAGAGCUUCAAUUUGUUAAAGACACGGCAGCAGAAACUGGAGUAAUUCUAGAUCCUGUUUACAGUGGAAAAGCUGCAUAUGCCCUUCUGAAGGACAUAUCUGCAAACCCAACAAAAUGGAAGGGCAGAAAGAUUCUCUUCAUACACACAGGAGGCCUACUUGGGUUAUUUGACAAAUUCGAGCAGUUGGCACCUAUGAUAGGAAACUGGGGGAAGAUGGAACUUGGUGAAUCCAUCCCACGUAAAGAUGGAAUUGGAAAGAUGUUUUAAUGGUUUUACAAUCUCACUACAAAUCAUCUCGGAAAUUCAGUUCUUGAAAGAUCAGCUCUGGUGUUUACUGCUCAGUACAAAUUAUGAACAAAAAUCUGCAACUGGUAUGGGAAAUAUAUGAUCAAUAAGUCUUGGAUAAGCUAUGUCUGUAAUGAAAAUAAAAUUUUCUAUUGUAUUAUUUAUAUGAUGGCCUACUAGGAAAGGAUGCCUGGAAUGCUUUCUUGGCUU